GUUUGGGUUUUGUUUUCAUUCAGGUGUCGCAUGGAAAUCUGAGUCUUCCUAGAUAAUAUUUGUAAGAUCAUUUUAAAUUGACUUAGCUCACAGGUAAAAACAACUUCGGACUGAAAAAUGAGUUAUCCGCCAUCGAAAAGGGUUUAUGCAGAUUUGCCCGUAUGGAUUGUAGAAGACCACUGUGAUGUAAGAACAUUUUGCUAGCAAUAGCUAUUUUUAGCUAGCUAGCCACAUUUCUGCAAUAUCUAACGUUAUCUUGCUAGCUAGUUGCACACUGUACAAAUAUAAUGUAUUCCCCAUUUGAAUGUCUCUACAAUGUCGAUCUACAGUACAUCCCUGUGAGAUGCUACCUCACUUUCUCAAAAUAGCAAAUUCUCUAGCUGGCUAAGAGAUCACAUUACAUUAGCUAGCUGGCUUACAUUAGCUAGCUGGCUAACGUUAGCUAGCUACUUUACUAAGAGGCUUCAUGCAUGCUUACUCUAUAAUUGUGACGAGAUCAGGUCUCCUUUCUGGUUCUGAACAACCAGGCUUUUGUUCCAGGCCAGCGCCAACACAUCAAAUUCAAUACUUUGUUAUCCAGACUGGAGAUCAUGAUUUUAAUUGAUUAUUUAAAAUGUAACGUUAGCUUAGGGCUCGAACAAAAGCCUGCACACCCAGUAGCUCUCCAGAACCCUAUGGGCUAGAUAUAGAUAGGUAACACUGACCCCCCCCCCCCCCCCCCCCCCCCAAAAAAAAAUAUAUCAAUUUUGAGAAAGUAUCUAUCUUAUCUGUUGCAAUGUGUCCCUCAGGUGGUAAGUCCUAUAUAUCGGGCUAUAGCAUCAAGGCACUUGCCACUGAAGAACAUCAAGAUGGUCCAUCUGGAUUCCCACCCAGACCUCCUCAUACCUGUCAAUAUGCCUGCAGACACUGUGUUUGACAAGGACACCUUGCUCAGGUGGGGUUACUAAUGAACAGGGAGACUAGCCUAUACUGUACCAGCAAACAUACUGUAUGGACACGGACAUGCCAUCAUCCCACAUUUUAUAUAUCCUUGAAAUCUUUGUUUGCUAAGUUACCUCUUCAGGUAGCCUACAGCACAGACUAAAAUUCAUUCAAUUUCACUGAAUAAAUAGGGCAUGACAUGACCAGUAUUUGCAUAUACAUUACAUGCAUUCACUCACUGAUCAUGUAUUGUUCUUUUUUUUUUUGCAGUGAGCUGAGCAUUGAGAACUGGAUCAUGCCCAUGGUAUAUGCUGGGCAUGUGUCUCACGUGGCUUGGCUCCAUCCCCACUGGGCACAACAGAUCAAGGAAGGAGAGCACGCCUUUUCUGUGGGAAAAGACUCCUCCACAACCACCAUCAGGUCAUUAACCCACCUGACACAACACUGGUUUUCUUAGCCAAUCACUUCCUGAUUAUCUGGACAUUUAAUACAGGAAGGUAUGGUUUGACCCAAAUAUGUUUCUUAUUUGUACUUUGUUUGGUUUGUUUCAGAGUUACAAGUAAGGACGACUACUUUUUAAGUGACGGCCUGUAUGUUCCUCAGGAUCAGCUGGAGAAUCCUAAACCUCUGGGACUUAGUGUUGUCUUAGUGAACCCCGUGGCGUGUUGCCAGAGGAGAGACAUGGAGAGGGACAUUGGGAAGAGCUCUGCCAAAAGACCCAGGAUAGAGAAAAAGGGAGCUGGGGAUGUGAAUGAUGCUCAAUCCUCAUCUGCUUCAGCUUCCAAGUCUGAGAGCAGCUCUAGUAGCUGUGCUGACAGCGUUCAGCCACCAGGUGGCAGUAGAACCUCAGGGACCAGCAGCCAUGGCAACAACAGAGAAGAGGAAAAGGAGCCACUCAAACAGCCUUGUUCAAAGACUGACAAUGAUGAGGGUUCAACGACCUACGCUGUGAACAGCCUUCUCUCCGUUAUCAAACAAACUGAUCCAUACAUACUUGACAUCGACCUUGAUUUUUUCUCUUGUAAGAAUCCCUUCAAGGAGAUGUAUACACAGGUAAAGGCAAUUAUCGGUUACUAUUGGAUACCAGAGGCUUAUUAACAUUCUCAAGAAAACAUAUACUGCCGAGAUGUAGCAGAUAUCUUACUUAGAAUCAGCAGAAGUGUUGUAAGGUGUUUAGACGUUGGUUUUUCCUUGGCAUUCGUCUUAUGAUUUGACGCCAUCAGUUUUACACCCCCUCCUCUGUAUACCAUAGGAGGAGUACACUAUUCUACAGGAGCUAUACAGCUUCAGGAAACCUAGAGAAGACCCAGACGAGGUGAAAGAAAAUACUUUGUCUGUUCUGAAGGUGUAAUGUGUGUUGGAAGGUGUCUCUAUAUCAGAAGCAUGUGGUGUUUCUCCGCUGCUGUACACUACAACUGUGUCAUGUUGUGUUGUUUUCAGGAGGAGUUGACAGAGUGUGUGGAGAGACGUAUCCGGCAGCUGGAGGAUCUGGAAGCAGCAUUUGCAGACCUGGUGGACGAUGAUAGUGAGGAGACGGUCAGGCGCUGGGCUGCCAACCCUGGGUAGGGUAAAUCUCCUCUACCUUCCUUACGGUAUCUGGGCUGGCGAUGCUGAGUAAAUCUCCUGUACCUGCCAGGCAGUCAUUUCUGCAUCAGCCCAACUAGGCCUAAUCCUCAGAACCCUUCUAUCCUUAGAAUCCUUCAAUUUUUUACACUUUAAUUAAAAAUGAAAAGCUGAAAUGUCUUGAGUCAAUAAGUAUUAAACCCCUUUGUUACGGCAAGCUGUAAGGUCCCUCAGUCGAGCAGUGAAUUUCAAACAGAGAUUCAACCACAAAGACCAGGGAGGUAUUUCAAUGGCUCGCAAAGAAAGCCACCUAUUGGUAGAUUGGUAAAUAAAAAAUAUAAAAACUGACAUUGAAUAUCCCUUUGAGCAUGGUGAAGUCAUUAAUUAAACUUUGGAUGGUGUGUCAAUACACCCAGUCACUACAAAGAUACAGGCGUCCAUCCUAACUCAGUUCCUGGAAAGGAGGGAAACCGCUCAGGGAUUUCACUAUGAGGCCAAUGGUGACUAAAACAAUUACAGAGUUUAAUGGCUGUGAUAGGAGAAAACUGAGGAUGGAUCAACAACAUUGUAGUUACUCCUCAAUACUAACCUAAUUGACAGAGUGAAAAGAAGGAAUCCUGUAGAGAGUAAAAAUAUUCCAAAACAUGCAUCCUGUUUGCAAUAAGGCACUAAAGUAAAGAUGCAAAACAUGUGGCUAAGAAAUGUACUUUAUGUCCUGAAUACAAAGUGUUAUGUUUGGGGUAAACACAACACAUCACUGAGUACCACUUUUCAUAUUUUCAAGCAUGGUUGCAUCAUAUUUUCAAGCAUGGCUGCAUCAUGUUAUGGGUAUGCUUGUCAUCGGCAUGGACUAUGGAGUUUUUUUGGGAUGAAAAUAAACAGAAUAGAGCUAAGCACAGGCAAAAUCCUAGAAGAAAACUGGGUUCAGUCUAUUUUCCAACAGACACUGGGAGACAAAUUCUCCUUUCAGUGGGACAAUAACCUAAAACGCAAGGACAAAUAUACACUGGAGUUGCUUACCAAGAUGACAUUGAAUGUUCCUGAGUGGCCUAGUUACAGUUUUGACUUAAAAUGUCUUGAAAAUCUAUGUCAAGUCUUGAAAAUGGCUGUCUAGCAAUGAUCAACAACCAACUUGACAGAGCUUGAAUAUUUUUUAAAAAGAAUAAUGUGCAAAUAAUGUACAAUCCAGGUGUGCAAAACUCUUAGGGAUUUACCCAGAAAGACUCACAGCUGUAAUCUCUGCCAAAGGUGAUUCUAACGUAUUGACUCAGGGGUGUGAAUACUUAUGUAAAUGAUAUAUUUCUGUACUUCAUUUUCAAUAAAUUGGCAAACAUUUCUAAAAAUAUUUUUUCACUUUGUCAUUAUAGGGUAUUGUGUGUAAAUGGGUGAGCAAAACAAUUAAUUGUAUCAAUAUUUAAUUCAGGCUGUAACACAACAAAAUGUGGAAUAAGUCGAGGGGUAUGAAUACUUUCUGAAGGCACUGUAGAUCUAGGCCUACUGUCUUUCCCAUGAACAACUGAUAUAAUACCUUUAAUCAAAGUUUUCCUCUGGGGUUGAUCACCUCUGUUGUCUGCCUCUCACACAGUCUGAAUUAGAUUAGGCUGUCAUUUUAGAUAGAGAGAUACUGUACAGGCGUGGUACUGUAGGGUGAUGAUCAUGGUGGAAAAUAUCAAAUACUUAUUUUAAAAGUUGUUAUUUUCCUGUUGUUUUUAGGAUGACAUCUCUGGUCAAACUAGUGGGAAGCCUGCGGAAUCGAAACGAGGCCCCUGACUACGAAAUGGUAAACAGCUUCUUUCACCAACAUAGUCAUCACCAUUAGUGUGUUUUUUUCUACAUUUCUAAUUACAUUCUUUCAGGGAAGGAAAAUAAGAUGAGGAAGAACAUAAUGUAGCACUAAUUAUGAUGGUCAAUAUAUAAAUAUAGCCUGUCCCAUUAACAGCUAAAUGGGUUAGAUUUUUGAUCCCUGCCUCUUUCCAACCUUUACUCUGAAAGGCACCAUGAUGAUAAAAAAGAUGGCUUUCAUUAUGUGGUUGGCUGACAUUAUUGUCUCUCCCUUCCUAUGUGAUGGUUAUGAUGAUGAUGAUGAAGGUGUACAAGCUGGGUCUGACUUGUGAUUGUGUCUCCCUUCCUCUCCCUCUGUGAUAAUGGUAAUGAUGAAGGUGCACCAGGCGGGGCUGACCUGUGACUAUUCGGAGCUGCCCCACCACAUCAGUAGUGAGGAGGAGAUUGAGAGACUGGUCCUGGCGGUGGAGCUCGUCCUGGAGGCCCUGCCGAAGCCCACCCUUGUCACUGUAUCCAGGUACGUCAGCGCCCUCCCUGGAAAACAGCCAUCUUACUUAUUCAACGAAAAUGGGAUUUGUAGCUUGCUGAAGGAACAUUGGACAUGUAGCAAACUGUUUAUUUGUAUUUUUAUUGUUGACAGCCAUCAAUUUGCUAUUUGCAAGAUGGAGCAAGACAGAAAGUUAAUGAAGUACUGACUCAUUCAGUUAGUGUUUGAUAACAAAGGCAUGUGAAAACGUAGUCUUGACCCGUAUUGGCACAUUUUGUUCUGCUACUAAGAAAUGUCGAUCUAAUCUUCAAAUAAUGCUGAUCUUGCAUCAGUUGACACAAACACCUUAGUCAUUGUAUUUUUAGCAAAGUUGUUCUUUUUCAUGCAGACACAGUCCAUUUAACAAAGUAUAAUGAUGCAUCACCUUUGACUGGAUGACAUAGUUUUUUGAAUGACGGAAUUGCAAGUUUGUGUUCAAUCAUGUUAUUCUGAAAUUUGGACCGUUUGCAUGUGUUAUUGGACAAUUUGACAGCUGAUUGAAUCACUGUUUUGUUUGGCAGAUCCAGUCUGGAUGAGUACUGCCCAACUGAACAGGUCAACUCCAUCCAGAGUAGGAUACUAGCCAUCCUGGAGUCUCUAUAUGGCUUGUUGGACGUCCAUAAGGAGUACGAGGCGACACCAGAGGACAACCUGCCCAAGGCAUCAUGACACAAAUCACUGUGAUGACAGAACGCAUCGUAAUUUGAUAUGCACCCAUCGAAUUACUGACUUUCACUCAGAAAUCAUGCACUGGUGUCAGUGUGAGGAUUCAGCCUGAAGAUACAUACAUGUACUAGUUUAUUUGAAAGGCUUUAAGUUAGAAGUAUGAAUUAAUGGUUGAAAAUCAAGAUAGCAUGUCUACCUGCUCCUGUUUUCUUUCUCAGGUAGGCAGAUGUCAAACAUAUCAAUAUUCACCUGACCAUUGUUGUGAAUCAGAUACUGUACAAUUUAAUGAGGACUUGUUGACUUUCUUUGUGCUGAACCCAGUCCUCGACGUGCCAGUUUUCAUAAUUUGUGUGUCAUUACUUGUUUGCCACUUUCUUGCCCAGUCUAGACAAUAUUGGAUGCAGACAUAAUUCACAAAGUGGAGGUUUUAUGACUAUGGAGCCAUUUUACACCAAAUGCAGUGAUUGCACAAAUUAUUCAACUGUAUCUGUAUGAAUUAUUCAUCUAAUUAAUAUUAUUUUUGUGCACAUCUAUUUCCCUUUGCUCAUUACUCUCAAAUAUUUUCCCUAAUGUGAUGUACCACUUCAAUACAAUCUGAGAAAAGUGCUGAUGACCACUUUUAAAUUUGUUUCUUCGUUUUCUUUUCUUCUUCUUCAAA